AUGUCGUCUCAAGAUGUCCCCGUUCCGCAGGGUCCGGAUCGCAAGCGAGUUCUCAACGUGCUCGCCCAACGAAGAUACCGUCAACGUAAGCGAGAGCGACUGCGAUCCUUGGAAACGAUACUUCAAGUUAGCAGUACGAACGUAGCACAUGGUCUAAAUAGAGAGGGACAACUUCAGCACUCGACAAAGCCUCCAGCACCGGAACCAUGCGGCACCGUCAAACUUGGCAACAAUCCCCUUUACGAUCCGUAUCAGGAUUUCGGAAAUACAGCAGUCGAUCCGUCUUAUAUGAGCCUUGCACAGUACGAUAUGACCUUCAACCCAUCGGCAAUCUCGUCGUCAUAUGUAGGCGAUCAGUUCGGGAUUAGCCCUGGUCUAACUUAUGCGAGUGGUGCUCAGAGCGAUACUUCAACACUUGAUUCACAAGUAUUAGCAGAACUCCAAGAUCUCGAAACUUCCCAGUUCACCUUCCCAUCAGAUCAUAUCAUCGACAUCCCAGGCCUCAAAACUAUGGAGAUCUCCUUACGUAUUGCACAGAUGCUUGGUCUUGGAGAUGAGCUUUUGGAUCUCACCAUAAAACGGGUUCUAGACGUGUCGAAACUUUCUGUCCCUUUAGAAGACCUGCCCGAGAACUUACGCCCAACGGAAGCACAGCUCCUAUUGCCACACAAUCCGAUGAUAGAUGUUCUUCCUUGGCCAUCUGUCAGGACAAAGCUUAUCUGUCUUUUCAGCCAGCCUGAUCAGCUCAGACCGCCCAUCGCGAGAGGUUCCAUGGCCAUCAUGCGGCUGUUGUAUAGUAUCGAUGACGAGUCGGAGGGACUUCGUGUUGUAUCUGAUGCGAAUGAACAGGGGAUUGAUGUAAAGGGUUGGGAAGUCGGACAAGCCGUCUUCAAAGACUGGUGGUGGAUAUUGGACCCUGAAAUUGUCUCUAACUCAAACCGACUAAGGAACAUGAGAGGAGCCCCCAGGUUGGAGAUCUCGAUACCGUAA